AUUCGAUGGAACUUGUCCUACAUGCAAGUUUCCAGGAGACGACUGUACAUUGUUAAUGGGGAAAUGUGGCCACUCAUUCCACAUGCACUGUCUCUUGACAUGGAUCCAGCAAGAGUCCUCGAAAGGAUUGUGUCCUAUGUGUCGGCAGAAAUUUGAAUGGAAGCAAGGCCACGAAACAGCGCAACAACAAGAGCAGCAGCAACAACAAGUCACCUGAACCAAAAUACUCCCUCUGAGAAACUCACCUUCCGAAAACCAGGUUGCUGCCACGAAGUCUAUGAUCGCAACCAGUACUCAUCCUUCCGAUAUUCAUCCACUGGCGGUAUUUUAAGUGUCAUACCUAGGUAUGCAGUCACAGACAGAAGUCAACCACUGAAAGCACCGUCCCUGUUUGGAUAUCUCGAGUCUUUCGGCUUCCGGUGCCACUCGCUGGACCGUGGUCCAUUUCCGACUAACUAUCGCAUCUGUUGGCAAUUGAGGCAAUGGCCACUUUGCGAAGACGAUCUACUCGACAAAUGCACAUUGAAUUCAUGAGGCCCCAUGUUCCAAUCUUGUAACGAGCUUCAUACUCAACUAGAGGUUCUCGUCACUGCCGAGUCUUUCUACCAUGUGCACUGAAGGUAGUUGAGCCAGGGAGGAUGAUCAAGGAGAUGCUAUAUGCUCUGAGCUUUUGAAUCUUCCUCCAGCUGCAUACAGUCAUUGAAUGACUGACACAUUAUAUCAAAACGUCCUGGACGCUGAAAGACGACAACAUGUGGAAUGGUUGUCGACCAUAUCCACUCCGGCCCCAUUCACCACUGUAGGAGGAUAGGAGGGCAACAUGAAGAGCACUCAGUCUGCCUUUUGCCCAAAACCUAUUUCCGCUUCUC